CGAGUGGAGAAAGUGAUGGCAACGCGAAUACCCAAACUGUUCCUCCUUGUGGGGCUGUUAGUGUCGGCCACCUCGGCGGCUGGGGGAAACCGAAAGGGAGCCGUGCAUGAUGAGGACCGGGAGAAAGAGACCGGCACAGAGAGCCCGUGUGAAGUUAAAACCGUGACCGUAUCUACCCUGCCUGUGCUCAGGGAGAACGAGUUCAGUUUCACCGGUGGUGGCUCGGGAAACGUGGCCGGAGGGGAAUCCCGACUAAUGUUGUUUGUUCGGACUGACCUGCCGGGAAGAAUAUCUGUGCUGGAUGAUCUGGACAACACUGCGCUCCCGUACUUCACGUUAGAGAUGUCGGGGACAGGUGCGGACAUCUCCCAGGUGCACUGGAAGCAGCAGUGGCUGGAGAACGGGACGCUGUAUUUCCACGUGUCCAUGAGCAGCUCGGAGCAGCUGUCCCAACCCACACACCCCUCCCCCCGUCCACCGGCCACCACCAUCCACGAACACAUGCACCUACUGCACAUCUCCGUCAUGGACCCAGGAUCCCGCCCCCUGCGUGUGUCCUCACCUGUCCACUCCAUGGAGGUAUUAUAA